UAGCAUGCCGCCGACAUCAGAGGGGAAAAUCCAGAAGUUUUUGUUGAUUUCCGUUUAAAAACGAGGACAAAUGGAUCGAUGAGUGAACUGGCACCGAUUUAAGGAUUUACUGGUAUAAUCAGCUCACGACAUGAUGCACAUUAUACUGGGCGCCAGUGAUGUACAGUCUAUUCUCCUUCAUCCAUCCUCCCAUCACCAUGGAGCUCUCAUCUUUACUUCAUGACCUUCAUCUUUCCUCCUCAGAUAAGUCCCUCCUCCCUUCAUCUCUUCCUCCAAUCACAGAGCUCCUGACUGUGCUGCAGGAGAAGCUGACUGGAGCGUCGUCAGACUCUGAGAAGAACUCUCUGAUUGGCCGGGUUGAGAGUUUUUUCCUAACAGCUGACCCUAACUGGCUGUUCCCUUCAGCCUCAGAAGCCAAUCAGGAUGCUGGGUGGGUGGAGCUUCAGGCUGCUUACAGUUCUGUGGUCUGUGCUCUGAUUGGCUGUGCAGUUCUGCCGUUGUGUGAGGAUGACUGCAGUUCUCUGCCGGCCUCAGCCUAUCAGAGCGUCCCAAGUCGAGCUGAGAAGGUUUGCGUAGCCCUCAACGCAUUGCUGGGAACUCUGGGAAAUAGAGGCGGUCUGGAUGAUCUGCUGCUCGCUGUGGCUCCACCCAUCUGCGUGUUCGCUGUCACACAUUUCCAGGAUCAGGUGUGGACCAACUCCUCCUCCCAAGCGGCGGCUCAGUGCCUGCAGGAGGCACUGUUGAGAGCAGGAGGCUGGAGAGACUCCUCCCACCUCCUGAUGGGGGACGGGAGUCGGGAAGACGAGAAGGGGGGAGGGACAAAUAGAGGAAUAGUGGGAGGAAUCCUGGACGUCCUGCAGCCUCAUCUGACCAAGGAAAAAUGGCAUCGCUGUGAAGCAGUGAAGUUGGUGUUUGCAUGGACUCUCCUGCAGGUGACUCGCCCCUCUCUCUCCCUCCACCUGCACCGCUUCUUUCCAUUUUCCCUCCUCCUCAACGACCACUUCAGACCAGAGAACAGCAUUCUGGGAGUUCGCUGUCUGCAUCACAUCGUGCUCAACACGCCUGCUGCAGAUCUUCGUCAGUUCAACAGAGCAGAAGUUGUCUACCAGGCUUUGUUCAAACAUCUUUACACCACAGAGGCGGCUGUCAUACAGCCCGUCCUGACGUGUCUGUUGGAUCUGAUGUUGGUUUUGGAGAAGUCUCCGUCUUCUCUGGCUCCCUCCUCUUCUCCAAGGAAACCCUGUCGCCAUGACGAUGUGCUGCGCCUGAUGCUGACACACAUGGAGGCGGAGCACAAGGUAGCGCUGAGGCGUGUCUAUGCCUCUGCCCUGCCUUUGUACAUAGACAGGAUGGGUGUGGUGGUUUGCAGACAUCUGAAGCGGCUGGAGCAGGUGAUGCUGGGAUACCUGGAGGUGAAAGAUCCGCCUGAAGAGAUGAGUCGACUGAACGUCCUGGAGGCGCUGCAGAAAACCAUUAGAGCUGCAUGGCCACGGAUUUCGUGUCGUGUUACUGUGCUGCUGCGUUGCCUGUUGAAGUUGCUGCUUGACGUUUCCUCAGACUCUCAGCUCAGUGAUUCUGUGCGACAGCAGCUGAUGAAUCAAACGACUCUUUGCAUAAAGCAGCUGGAUGACGUCUCCCAUGGAAACCUACAGCCUCUCCUCCUGCAGGUCGAUAGUAGCUGCUGCAGCUCCGAGGUCUUGAGCUACCUUUCAACCAUAACCAUAACAACAGACAGGUGAUGAAGCACACCUGGAACAUUGUGAAAAGAGACUGUAACAGACACAGAAGACAGAGCGUC